AUGACUCCAGCUUUGAAAACCUCGAAUAAAAAUCAGACAAAGCAAGUCCUGCAAGAGAAGAACACGAAACUUGAGGAUGAGAAUUCUCGUCUCAGAGCAAAGAUCUUGCAACUUGAGGAGGCUGGACAGGCAGCAAAGCUCAUGACCACAGAAGCAGAAGCUGCUAAAAAAGUUGCAGAAGAGAAGAUUAGAAAUGGCCGUCAUGGUGUUGAUCCGACGCACGAGCUCAUCCAGAAGCCCACAACUGCCGAAAUGAGAGACUUGGGCAGCAGAGGCCGUCUGCUCAAGGCGAUGAAGCUUGAGGAUAACAAAGCAGAAUAUCUGGCCAUUCAGGUCAGUUGUUUGGAAAACAAAAAGACUUGGCAAAAAAUGUAG